AUGGAAGUUGCUGGAGCUGCAAUUGCGCUGGUACAAGCGGCCGAGAUGGCCAUCAAGGCUGGCAAAGGGGUGGUGGCGAUCGUAAUCGCCUAUAAGCAUUCGGAUUCUCGUUUACAAGAACUAAGUCUUCGGGUAGAGGGAAUAUGGCUCAAGACAGAGCUUCAGAUCAACGUGAUCAUGGACAUCUUUUCACCUCACUCCGAACCGACGCCCUGGCAAGAAAGGCUUCUCAGCUUCCAAUAUUCAUGCUUUGAUACCCUUGGCAGCAAGCUACAAAGCUAUCUCGUCAAGCUCAAAAGUCUGACUGGCGUCGAUGUCAGCGAUGGGAUUGACGUGUACGCAACACCUGCAAUCACCAAGAUCAUCCCGAGAAUGCGAUAUGCCCUUUUCGAAAAGCAUAUUGAGGGAUUGGUGGUGGAACUGCAACGCUGGCAAGCUGUCUUCGAUCCGUCCUGGUAUUUGCUCACUAGAUUGGUCAGCCCUGAAGUUGAUAAGAUUCUGGAGCAGACCGGGAGCGACACCACGGUGCAGACACAAACUGUCUCAAAUCUGCACGACAUACGAGCCAUCGUCCGCCUUACGAAUCAAGACACCUCGCGUCCUCAUUCAGAUACAGUUCCACAGCGCAAAGUUCCAUUCCUUUCUCCAGAUUCAAUCCAUGAUCAACGUGCUUUGGCGAAUGAACCCGGACUGCAGAUUGGAAGAAUUGUGGACUCUGACGAAGUUGUUGUCUUGGACACCACCGCAUAUCACGAAGAUUCGCACCCGCAGACCGUCGCGACUACUGUACGACAAAUCGCGCGACUGCUUUCAAUUGAUGAUCCUUUCUCGAUGGGGUUUUUGAAAUGCGUGGGGCUUGUGAAGUCGAACGAAAAUCAGUUCAUAUAUGUGCUCGCCCUUCCUAAACAGCAGCCUGUUCGUUUGCUUCGAAGCCUACUCUACUUACCGAGUCCUUCAUUGGACGCGAAAUUCCGCAUUGCAAGGAAUCUAGCCAAGACAAUCAUGUCUCUCCAUGCAGCGAAAUUUGUCCACAAGAACAUCCGCCCUGAGACGGUCGUUGUUCAAGAUGAUGGCGAGGGUGAGAUGAGCCAAGCUUAUCUUGUCGGAUUUGAGCAAUUGAGGCCGGACUUGGGCCAUUCAUCUUUGGUUGCAGACAUGGUCUGGCAGCGUAACAUCUACCGUCAUCCAAGCCGGCAGGGUCUCAAAGUCCAGGAGUUAUAUGUCAUGCAACAUGACAUCUAUUCGCUGGGAGUGUGUCUCUUAGAGAUCGGAAUGUGGGCAUCAUUCGUUGGGCAAAACCAGCAGCCACCGACGUCCUUCGACAUCUCCGAAGAGCUGAAAUCUAAGAACCCCAUGAAGACGGCGACGCAGAUCAAAGCCAGGUUGAUCGAAAAGGCCGAGACGGAACUGCCAAGAAGCAUGGGCAAGAAGUACACGGAGGUAGUGCUUUCCUGUUUGACGUGCCUUGAUAGCGGAGCCACCAAUCUGUUCGAGGAUGAGGAUGACCUAUAUGACGAGGACGGGAUCCUGGUCGGUGUCGCGUUCAUUGAGAAGAUACUCAUUAAGUUGGAUGAUAUUACGACAUAG